AUGUCCAUUAACAAAAAUGGUAACGUACUCACGCUGUGCCUUAUCUAUCUAUCUAUUUCCGUCUUUACCUUUAUAUCAAUCUAUUUAUCUCCGUCUUUAUACUAUCUAUCUAUCUAUCUAUCUAUCUAUCUAUCUAUCUAUCUAUCUAUCUAUCUCUUCACACUCUCUAUCCCCGUCUUUACACUAUCUAUCUAUCUAUCUAUCUAUCUAUCUAUCUAUGUACGUCUUCACACUAUCUCCGUCUUUACACUAUCUAUCUAUCUAUCUAUCUAUCUAUCUAUCUAUCUAUCUAUCUAUCUAUCUCUUCACACUCUCUAUCCCCGUCUUUACACUAUCUAUCUAUCUGUGUAUGUACGUCUUCACACUAUCUCCGUCUUUACACUAUCUAUCUAUCUAUCUAUGUACGUCUUCACACUAUCUCCGUCUUUACACUAUCUAUCUAUCUAUCUAUCUAUCUAUCUAUCUCUUCACACUCUCUAUCCCCGUCUUUACACUAUCUAUCUAUCUAUCUAUCUAUGUAUGUAUGUCUUCACACUAUCUCCGUCUUUACACUAUCUAUCUAUCUAUCUAUCUAUCUCCGUCUUUACACUAUCUAUCUAUCUAUCUAUCUAUCUAUCUAUCUAUCUAUCUAUCUAUCUCCGUCUUUACACUAUCCAUCUAUAUAUUUAUUUCCGUCAUUACAUUAUCUAUCUAUUUAUCUAUCUAUCUAUCUAUUUCCGGUUUACCUUUCUAUCAAUCUAUUUAUUUCCGUCUUUAUACUAUCUAUCUAUCUAUCUAUCUAUCUAUCUAUCUAUCUAUCUAUUCACACUAUCUAUCUCGUCUUUACACUAUCUAUCUAUCUAUCUAUCUAUCUAUCUAUCUAUCUAUGUACGUCUUCACACUAUCUCCGUCUUUACACUAUCUAUCUAUCUAUCUCCGUCUUUACACUAUCCGUCUAUAUAUUUAUUUCCGUCAUUACAUUAUCUAUCUAUUUAUCUAUCUAUUUACUUCCGUCUUUACACUAUCUAUCUAUCUAUCUAUCUAUCUAUCUAUCUAUCUAUCUAUCUAUCUAUUUGUUCAUUAUUUAUCUACUCUGCAUUUCUACUAUUUCCUGUUUUCGCGUAA